GAAUUGUCAUCCUUUCCUAGCACAGCCUCUACAUCACAGGAAGACCAUGAAAGCAAUUCAGAAUCCACUUCCUCAAGGAAAUUGAGGGUAACUCUGUUAAGCAGUGAAUGGAGAUCAACAAAAGGAGGCUUGUCAACCAUCAACCGAGAGCUGGCCAUUCAGUUGGCUAAACACCCCAAAGUGGAUGUUAGCGUUUAUCUUCCCCAGUGCAGUGAAGAGGAUAAACGAGUUGCUGCAAGUCACAAUGUACGUCUUAUUGAAGCAGAAGAAAUGCCAGGUUAUGACAACCCAGUAGACUGGUUGUCCUUUUUCCCUGAAAGCCAUUCUGUUGAUUGUGUGAUAGGACAUGGGGCUGUUCUUGGUCGGCAAGUGCAGGGUAUAAAACGUCAGUGUAAGUGCAAGUGGAUUCAGGUCGUUCAUACAGCUCCUGAAGAGCUUGGUAUGUUUAAGUCCUACACAGAUGCCAUUUCAAGAGGCGAGAAAAAGCACCAGGCUGAGGUAAAACUCUGUGAAAAAGCUGAUCAAGUUGUAGCAGUUGGACCCAAGCUGGCUGCAGCUUUUUCAGGUUAUCUCCGUCCUUGUGGAAAAGAUCAAGAUGUUCUCAAUCUUACCCCAGGCAUUUUCUCUGAGUUUGCUGAUGUAAAGCAAGCCUCUCAAGAAAUAAGUUCAUUCAGUGUUUUAGUGUUUGGACGUGGCGACAGUGAAGAUUUUCAGCUGAAGGGAUAUGAUAUUGCUGCUCAAGCCAUUGCUGAGUUGAAAGACAUGACCUACAAACUUGUGUUUGUUGGGGCAACAAGCGGAGAAGAAGAGAAAGUUGCAGACUUGCUACUUAAGUAUGGCAUUGAUCGCAGUCAACUCAGGGUGCGUCGUUUUAAUGAAAGCAGAGAGAAGUUAGCCCAAUUGUUUUGUGAAGUAGAUCUUGCUAUAAUGCCAUCACGAACUGAGGGCUUUGGGUUAGCUGCCCUUGAGGCUUUAUCUGCUGGUCUGCCUGUCCUGGUUAGUGGGAACUCUGGUCUUGGCGAAGCUUUGAAGAAAGUUUCGUUUGGUUCAAACUGCGUGGUGAUGGGGGAAAAUCCAAAAGAUUGGGCCAAUGCAAUCAGAAUUGUCCGUGAAAAAGACAGAGAGAUGCGACUUGACGAGUGUAAAACCCUACGUGAAAAAUACGCUAUGAAGCACAACUGGCGAGAUGACUGUAAUAGACUUGUGGAAAGAAUGCUAAGCAUUUCUGGAGGUAACAUGUUCACAGUCUUAUUUAAGUUGGUCUUUAGGUUUUAGAGUAGAGUGCUGACGUUAGGAACUGCACAUUUUGAUGUACGAGUUACGCAGCUACUAGAACCAGUAGUGAAACGCUGAGUAAUACAAUGAAUUUGCAUUCAUUUAAACUUCGUCACCAUUUUUCUAACUCGCACAAUUUGUUAAAUGCAUGCGAAUAUUUCUGGACUUGAAGUUUGCAAAAACAGGAAGGAAAGUUUUCUGUUCUGUGUUCUUUGAUUAGUAAACAGCAAAGAAAUGUAUAGUGUCGUGCAGAGAGAGGUUGUUUUGCUAAUUAAAAUUUUAACUUUCGUCGUCGUGUGGCAGUUGCCUAAUACGUGGUCCCCAAAGAAUAGUCCGGAGUAUCUUAAUUAAUCGCUGCCAGUUUUUUGGGCAAGUCAUUCCAGACGAUUACUAAAUAGGACGUAGCCUGAAAACAAAAAUACUUCAGUUCUGUUCAAGGUUGAGUUGUUUGAAACAUGUUUAACAGUAAUCCUACGAAGUUACGCAAACUCAUACAACAAUCAGUAGUGAAAACCUGAGUCACAAAAUGAAUUCGCAAUCCGGAUCAUCUUAAUCUCCCUAAGUUUUUAGACUAAGUUGUUUCGGACAAUUGUUCAAGGUUGAGUUAUGGGUGGCAGCGUGGCCGAGUGGUUAGAGUGCUGGACUUGCAAUUCGGAGGCCGCGAGUUCAAGUCCCGCCCUGACCGCUAGCUGGAUUUGUUCACGGUAGCCCCAAGUUCAAAUAUAUACUCGACCAUGCUUGUAAAUAACCAGCUGGUUUGCCAGUUUGGAUUCUUAACCCCGUUAUGUUUGAUUUGAAUUAUUUGUUUCAGUCAUUUGCUCGGCCCAACUAGCGUAAGUGCUAUAAAUACUGCCGAGGGUAAAUAAAUAAAUUGUUAUCAUAGUUGACAGAAACAUGUCCUAGUUUAACUGUAAAUAGAGCAUAUGAGUUGUCAUGGUAACCAACCCUGGUAUGUGCUAAUCGCCUUACAAAAAACUCGGUCCAGGCCAUUGGUAUGUUCGAAACAAAUGCUGGAUCGUCUCAAUCGCGUGGAAACAUUGUGCCAUAACUAGCCCGAUCGAAACGAUGCUGACGAUAAGAGACCUUACGAUUCGACAACGCUGACGCCAAUAAAGGUGUGCUGAAAAAUAAACUUCGCAUUCUCUCAAACGUUUUCGCGAUUGGAGUGGAUUGGUGAAACUCUUAAACUCUGUUUAAAUCAACGGGUCUACGACGUUGAUAAAGAAUUGUUUCUAUUUUUUGUAGGUUCCAAUGCAGAUGAGCAGGAUUUAUCUAAGAAAGCGGCUGUGAUCUGUCAAGAUGUAAAAGCCUCUUCUUCUGUGAAAUCUCUUCAAAAAGGUACACUUAAGUUGAAUCUUGGAAAAAUGAACAUAAUAUUUAUAAGAGUAAAUCUUUGUUUUUCAUGUAAAACGUUUACCGUGGUCUAACGAGAGCUUAUUGAGUAUUCCUUGCUGGACAAUUGGAUUAACCAGGAAUAGUCGGGGCACUGAAAAACACUCGUCUGAAAAGAGUCGAAAUUCUGUCACAAUGUCACAGGUCAAACUACGUCAAUUGCCGACAAAAAGCACUCCGGUUUAAGCUUUACUUGAAAGGUGAAAAAUUCCUUACCACUGUUUCAGAAGAGCUUUGUCCGUUGACUAACAAACGAGCCUGUUUUUCCAAGAUGGGUGAUCCGACGUCUAUAGUGUGAAAACGGCCAUUAUUAAUGAUUGAUAUACCUUUGUAAAUGAACGCGAUUCAUGAGACCUCCAAAUCCCUAGAUUUGUCACAGUCGGGAGCCUUAGAAAUAUCUGCCCUCCAACGAUUUUGUUCGCUUUUAGUCCCAAGCAGGAUUAGUUGUCAUGGUACGUAGCGUUAAGAAUAUGUUGGUAAGACUGUGGUGGUUAUGCUCAGCGGUAUUGCGCGCCAAUAGUGUAUGUGUGUGAAGACGAACAUAGCAGAGAUAGUUUUACUAUAUAAACACCAAUGAAAUACCAGGUGAUCUUUCGAGCGAAAACAUGAUAACUUCACAUGUGAAAAUAUCACCGGUGCUAUGGCUACAUAGUAAUUUGCGCCUUUCAUACCAAAAAACUAUUAAAGUGAAAUGGCUUGGUAUUUCAUUGGUGUUUAUAUAAUAAAUAGAACAUUACAUGGCCACUUGGAGAUACGAAAUUUCUCUUGUGUUAAAAAAAUAUUUCACUUGUUCGCUACGCUCACUCGUGAAAUAUUUUUCAACCCUCGAAGAGAAAUUCCGUAUCUCCGCGGCGCGCGGCCAUGAUAUCCUCUAUAUAUUUACUGUUCCGUCUACGUUUGUGUAUAAAUGUGGCUAAAUAUCAUUUAGGCAAAGUUAAACUCAAGCGAGUUGGCCAGCAGUCUUCUCCCACUUCAGUAUGUGACCUACAGGGCGGCCCGCGGGGAAUUGCAGGGUUCCUUGUGUGCCCUUUUGCUAGUGUUGCUUUGCAUUGUAGCUUUGCUUGCUGAUUGUAGCGGAUCAUUUCUUAGCCUUCUUGCAAAUCAGUGCGGAUUCUUGCUGAUAGUCGCGGAUCAAUGUUUGCCUUCUUGCGAAUCAUUGCGGAUUCUUGCUGAUCGUAGCGGAUCAAUGUUUGCCUACUUGCGAAUCAUUGUGGAUUCUUGCCGUCUUCGCCGUUACACACCGUUUUCUACUCGCCGCAUGUCUCUACGUAACACAAACAACAGCCUUGCGGCCGGUUUUUUGCCGCUGGAUUCACGACUGCCCACUUUGACAACGGGUGCCAUCCCAGAAGUUCCUCCUUCUUCUGCGAACGAUGUUUGGGAGCCCAUCGCAUCUGACUAGCGUUCCGGACGUGCCGUCCUUUGCCUUUUUGGCCGCGCCUCCGUGGUCGCUGCCGUUAAAUCAGCGCUCUCAGCCGAACAAACUACAUCUACAAUAAGCGUUCCGGUAGCCUCAAGCGUGGCUGGGGGCGUUCCCACGACGUUCGUUUGCAUUCUCAAGCUUUGGAUCUGGCUGCGUCUAGUCUUGGUUUCCCACCAAUUUCUGCUACCAGCAUCGGAUCGGUUAACCAAUUGCAAGGUAGGCCAAACUUUGUUGUCCCUUCUUUGUGUCAACUUUUUCGCCGCCGGUAUCGCCCGUUGUUCCUUCCCCCCGAGCGUCUAAAAAGCCAAAACGGCGUAUGAACGAUAUUGGCGGUUGGCUGGAGGCCUUUUAGUGUAUUGUCUCGUGUUGACGUCAUUUUUCGUUCACCGGCCGCGUGUGGUUAGCGUACGAUCGGGCCUCUAGCAAGCAUGCAGCCGCAACAAAUUUGAGACUGGUAAGCUUUUCAUGUCCAAGCGUUCUACCCCUUGCUUUUUAACUCAAGUGCAUUGCAUCAUUAUUUAGAUAAUAAAUGCGUAUCUCGCAAUAACCCUCGCGAAACUCGAUGUUUUAGUAGCUUCCCUUCAAGUUAAGCCCUGUCGGGCGAGGCUAGGAACUGGUUGGGCGACCCACUGCCAACAUCAUCGUGAAGGUCCUUGCUUUGUUCUUUCUCUCAUUUUUCUGCUGUUUUACAAUUUGUAUGGUGUUUUUAAAAAGUGUAUUAGGAAGCAUAUUUAGCAUUAUGUCGGCGGCAAUAUGAAAAAAAAAAAAACAACAACAACUGCAACCACCACAACAGUACAAUUCGCUUGCAAUUAUUGUUCCUUUGCCGCAGUACAGAGCAGAAACUUUGAUCUAUCGGCGAGGAAACCAGGACACCAAUACACUUGGGUGGGCCACGGUGUGAAUUGAAUUCCAAACUAGAUUUCAAAAAAAAAACGAAAAAGGUUUCGACGGUAAAAAGCCAAACUGAACAAAACACUCUGGAGAACCAUAUCGCGCGACAUACACAAACUCGUCUGCGAAGUGAGAUGCACUGAAAAAUGCCCUUGUAUCUCGAUUUUCGCUCUUAUUUUGAAGCUACUGGCCCAAAUUGCUUCAAUGUAUUCUGGAAAGUACUUCUGCAGUCAAUGUUUCUAGCCAAAAUUAUUUCUUGACGGCCAAAACGGGCCAAAAAAUCAGUCAGUUGGAACGUAGUUGCCACAUCGUUGCUAGGCAAUCUUGGAUACCAAACCAAAAGAAAGAAAGAUUUAUGACAGAAGCAAAAUUGCAGCGGUGCAGCCUGCUGACAAUGACAUCACGCUGCUGAGCUCAAUUGGGACGCUGUCAUGACUGUUGCUAGGCAAGUGCGGAUACCAAACCAAUAGAAAGAAAGAGUUAUGACCAAAGCCAAAUGACUCUGCUUACGAUCCUCGAGUGUUCCGGGCGACAUCACAUGACUAAAUUAUCAAUUCUCUUUCGCGAAAGGCGCUUUGUGUCUUGCUUUACUCUGAAUGACUUCGUGACCGCUGUCUCCCCCUCCCCACACUGUGUGCACAACAUGAGUACCGCGCUAGCAGUUUGCAAAUGGCCAGGCCUAGCUCUCCAUUUGAGAACUGUGAGGGCCCUGCAACGGUGCUUGUAGUAUUGGGAAUUGAAUUUGAUUUUAUCAAUCAAGCUGCCCGCUUGCCAGCAGACAAACUAUCGGUCUUGCAGAGCCUGAUAAGCUCAUGGCUUCCGCAUAGGUGGUGCAACAGACGCAAACUGGAGUCCCUCUUUGGCCAUCUACAUUAUGCUGCCAAUGUGGUGUGGCCAGGAAGAGCCUUCCUACAUUGCAUGAUCGACCUUUUGUGCUGCUUCCACAAGAAGGAUCACCUGAUUAGCCUCAACAGAGAGUGUCAUCUGGACUUGCUUUGGUAGCAUCAGUUCUUGUCACAGUGGAAUGGGGUUGGUUUUUGGCUCCUUCCAGGCUUGCUCCCUAAAGCUGAUGUGGCAGUUCCUUUGGAUGAAGCUGGAUCACUGGGCUAUUGAAUGUUCCUAAAGGGCUUCUGGGUCCCAGGUUCCUGCUCAGCAGCAGCAAUCUAUCGCUUAUAAGGAGCUGUUCCUGCCAGAAAUUGCUUCCCACAUUUUUUGGUGCCACCACUGGGGCUGAAAGCAUGACUCUUUCGCUCUGACCACGAUGCUGUCGUCCACAUCUCGAAUGCUAGGACUUCUAAAGUUCCCUGCUUAAUGCGGUUGCUUCGCAUUUUGCUGCUCGCAGUGGUACAUCAUAGCUUCUCCCAACAUGUGCAAGGUGUUAUGAAUCAGAGUGCUGAUGCUGGCUCUCAUUGUCGUUGGCAGGAAUCCAGGCAGCUGGCUCCAAAUACUCAGCCUUUGUCCAGCUUCGAUGCGGAGUUCUCGUCCUGCUUACCGACUUGACUUCCCUGAUUUAGAACAGCAGUGCUACUCCUUUCGUACUCAUGGCCUGGCUCCCUUGAUUCGGCAUUCCUAUGCGUCAGCCCAAGCGAAAUUCAUUUCCUUCUGCUGACAGCUUGGCAACUUGCACCCAUCAAGGUCUCCAUGCUUAAUGGACGAAUGGAUGCCUUGUCUAAUUGUUGUGUUUCUGGUCAGGACUCUCCAGCAUUUGUUGAUUAAGGUUAAUGUAUCAGGCUUUAGAGCUCCCCACAUGGAUCAGGGGUGCUCGCAUCUGCUUGCAAAUUGUCUCCGCCUGCAAAGGGACAUUCAUGGCAUCAAGUGCUGUCAGGGUACUCCUUCGUCCAUGCAGCUGCUUAUAAGGGAUGAGAUUAAUUGAUGCUAGUUACCUCGCAGUCUUUGGAUCUCGGCCCUCCAGAUCAUCAGAUGUUCUGGGCAGCUCGUUUCUGGGGUACUUAGGCUUCCUGCGUGCGUCUGAGUUCAUGGUACCUAACCUAUCUAGCUACUCGUCAUCCCUCCACUUGAGUGUCCCGGACUUUGCAGUGGAUUCUUUAUCGGCCGCAUCAUCCUUGCACAUACGAAUCAAGGGCUCCAAGACAGACCCGUCCCGGAAAGGCUCUUUUCAUUCACAUUGGCCUUGACAAGCAUCCUCUCUAUGCAGUGCACGCUAUGAUGAUAUUCCCUGCUUCUAGGGGGUAUUCGUCUGGCCCCUUGUUUUUGUUUGCGAAUGGCAGCCUCUCACUCGCACUAUUCUUACAGAUUGGCUUAGGCAGAUCAUAACUUCAGCUCAGAUACCGGGCAAUUCCUUCUCCCCUAGCUUUCCUAUUGGAGCUGCCUCUGUCGCUGCUCGCAGUGGGAUUCUGAAUCAAUGGGCCAUUGGCCCAACAACGCUUAUCAGCCUUGUAUUAGGACACUGGCUGACUCGUUAGCUGCACUCUCGCAAAAACUAGCUUCAUGUUCCACAGUUCCAUGCAGAAUCCCUUCACGGCACAGUCCUCACUGCUUCCCGGGGUAGCUUUCUUGGCAGCCAUCUGUCCUGGUUCAGGACCUUUUGCCUAUUUCAGCUGGCGGAUCAGCUAGAUUUGUGGAGCGUAGUCGCCACAUUGUUGCUAGGCAACCUUGGAUACCCAACCAAAAGAAACAAAGAUUUAUUACAGAAGCAAAAUUGCAGCGGCGCAGCCUGCUUACAAUGACAUCACUAGCUGACUCGCUAGCUGCAUUGUCACAAAAACUAGCUUCAGCGCGUUCCACAGUUCCAUGCAGAAUCCCGUCACUGCACAAUCCUCACUGCUUCCCGGGGUAGCUUGCUUGGCAGCCAUCUGUCCUGGUUCAGGAUUUUUUGCCUAUUUCAGCUUGCGGAUCAGCUACAAAAUUGUAGGUUAGUGCCUUCGUAAUUUGCGCAGCUGUGGGAGUUGUUUGGUGCUUGGGGAUUUGUUUGGGUGAUCGGAGGUACCAAGUCACCCUGUUGACGGGUCCCUCCGUUCUCCAAGCACCUGGAGACGGGUUUCUUUGGGUGGUUCCCGCUUCCAGGGUUGCCAUGGAUACCUCCUCUCUGCUUAUUGCAUUUGGCCCCCCACUAACCUUUAAGGCACCAGUUCCCAAGCUCAUCAUUAGCGAUGAGUUUAAAUGUGGCUAAAUAUCAUUUAGGCAAAGUUAAACUCGAGCGAGUUGGCCAGCAGUCUUCUCCCACUUCAGUAUGUGACCUACAGGGCGGCCCGCGGGGAAUUGCAGGGCUCCUUGUGUGCCCUUUUGCUAGUGUUGCUUUGCAUUGUAGCUUUGCUUGCUGAUUGUAGCGGAUCAUUUCUUAGCCUUCUUGCAAAUCAGUGCGGAUUCUUGCUGAUAGUCGCGGAUCAAUGUUUGCCUUCUUGCGAAUCAUUGCGGAUUCUUGCUCCCUCUCCUCCCUCCCUGCCUGGUGGUUUGGUAAGUAUUUUCUCAGGUAAGUAUCUCCACUGAAUUUUUUCAGUGUGACGGUGCCGGUUAGUGGCUGCUCCUGGGGUGGUUCCCGCUUCCAGGGUUGCCAUGGAUACCUCCUCUCUGCUUAUUGCAUUUGGCCCCCCACUGACCUUUAAGGCACCAGUUCCCAAGCUCAUCAUUAGCGAUGAGUUUAAACCUCUUUAAUCAUGGCUUACCGGCUGGUUAACAAAUACUUUCAAGGUCGGUUAAUUGGUAAAUUAUCUUUGACGCAGUUAUUUAGACAAAAGCCUAAUUAUGUUCGUAUUUGCUGGAUUUAGUUUCAGGCACAGCAAAGAGAUCGAAGUCUUCAAAAAAAGGCGAAGGGCCUUUAUCUUCAAGCAAUACUCCAAAACAUCCGAGAAUGUUGCGAGAUGAAGGUAAAGUUUUAUUUUUCCUUUAUUUAGGUAAGGUUUGGUAUUGUAUUGCGUGUAUAUGUAAACUUUCCCAGUAUAGUAUAAUGGGGCCUUUGUAGCUGGUCUUGUGUUCCCUAAGCGCGUCUUCAUAACCUGCAUAACUAACGAAACAAGACGGUGGUGGUGGUUUUCGUUGGCGUAGCAGCUCGUGCGCGCUGGAUUUCUCCCAGCGAGAGUAGUUGCGAAUCUAUUUUGAUCCUUCUCUUUCGCUUUCUAUAUGUCCCUUUGCCUUUCAUUUACAUAGCCAGUUUUGUUGCCCACUUAACAACUGCGUAUCUUAGUGGAGGUGGGUGCCCGGGCUGCCGGAGGCCACCCGCCACUUUGUAGACAGAGUUACGCCCCCAUGGCUGGUAAACCCGCACCAUCGAGCCACGUCUAACCCUCUCUCCCAAUUUCAAACGUGCUUCAUAACACUCUGAGGCUACAAUCAGGCGAGUUUAGAAUUUUGAGCACAUUUUGGCCUAAAAUAUAGUCAAAUCGAGCUACAAUUCCUUGAGUGAAAACCUGACUAAUACAAAUUUUUCUCUCUCUUUUUUAAUGUGGAUGAGGUCCCUAACAAUUCAACUUAACUAGGAAAGUUCACCAAAUUUUAACAAAUUGUGAGAGUUAGGAAAAAAUUGCGUGUUGUCGGUCAGCGGGCAGUACAGUAGCUCAAGCGCGGUCAGCCUUGCUUGCAUCAUCUCGAUGUGAUUUGUAUAGCGUUUCCUGGCGGCGUCUCUCUUCGUUUGGCCUUUGGAUCUUUCUUUUCAUUCUUUUACCCUCAUCCCUCCUCCCCUUUUAUUUUUCCUCUGAUAAAUGAGUGUGACAGGUGCCUGAUCCCAUUUGCGUGGGGGCUCCUGGUUGGAAGGCGCGGGUUUACCAGGGGCUAGCCUGUUCCAAGUGUUCAGUUAGUAGAGUGCGGUGUUCGGAUGAUGGGGAGCGAGUUAAAUCGUACGUGGAAGAAACCAAGGGAAAAAAACCAAGGGAGAGCGGUCGAGUUCCCUCCCUUUUCCAUUUUCUCUCCCGUCUUUUUUCCUCGUCAAUUUUUCGACCGCGCUCUACUAUCUGAACGCCUGGAACAGGGGCUGGCUUUGCCAAAAUUGGAAGCCCCUGGACAAACCAGGGACCCACCUCCACUAAAGGAUGCAGUUGUUAAAGAGAGGUGAAAUAUUUGUUAACACCUUCAAAGGCGAGCUCUAUUCCUGCCUUGUAAAGGGCUGUGUCAGGGCAGUCUAGUCUAUUUGCUUAAUUUUUAUAAUUACUAGCCUAAAGGUGGAUUUCUACUGUCGCGUAAUUUAUACGCGACAGCAGAAAUCUAGUGAUUGAUUAGGGAUAUACUUUUCUGUAGUUCAGUAGGCGGUUCAUAAAACCCCGUAAUCCCUCAAAGUAUCGACUGUCGGGGGACCUUGUUUUAUUUUCGCGAUUUCACUAGGCAAUUAUAAAAAAAGGCAUUGGAUUUCGCGAUUAAAGCGUUCUCAACCUGAUUUUAUUUUUCAAACGUCUGAAUUUUUUAAAAUAUCAAGAUAAAAUGAAACAAGAAAAACGCAUAUUAACGUUAUUUUACAACAGAAGGCACAGCCAAGGAAUGGAACUUACCAGUUAACCAGCUUAUAAUUUGUCUGUGUUUGAGUAUAUAUUGUAAUUUUUUAAUUAAUUUUUUCUUUCUGUGAUUUCAAUUUUCUGUAUGGGUAUUAAAUUUCGCUUAUUUAAAUCUCGCGGGGAUUCUUAUUCGCGGGUCUUUAGUUUCGCGAUUUUUCCACAAUCGCGAAAACCGCGAAAUUAAGUACCAGUAACUUAGGUAUAUACUCGUGACGUAAUCCCUUUAAUGUUGGUAAUUGAUUUUAUUGUAGGUACCGGUGCAGCAAAGACCGCAAAGAGAUCCAGGUCUUCGAGAAAAGGCAAAAGGCCUUUAUCUUCAAGUGCUGUUCCCGCUCCAAAACAACCGAAACUGUUGAAAGAGGAAGGUAAAGUUCGUUUCUGGAUUAUUUAGAGUAAGGGUUGGUGUCGCUUUACAUGUGUAUGAGAGAGUUUAGGAUGGUCAUGUGUCAUCGGUCUCGUGUCUCUAAAAUGCGGCUUCACAAGUUGUAUAGCUUAUGAAAUAAGAGUGUGACAGUACUUCCCGCUGGCACAACUUGGCUCAUCCCCAUUAUUCUCGCAGCCCUAUCGCCUAAACAAAAGCACUCUUAAAAUAUAGCGUUUGUCUGGGUUACUUCCUCUGCUGCACAGGGCAGUGGCUUUAUUAUUUAAGUCCCCCUUUCUAGUUGGAAAUCCUGAUGAAGCUAUAGUUUCGUAGCCUCGGUUACACUUAGGGAAAAUCUUGAGAUUCUCACGUCUGACACACUCUCCAAACUUCUAGCGUACUUUGUAACACGAUAUGCUUAGCGUAAGACACAAGUAGAACGAGGCCACAUUUAGGCCUAGGCCUUGGUUAUGCUUUUAUCACGUUACUUUCAGUGUAAGAAACUAACUAUUUAGCGGUAGCCUCCUGUCAGUCAGAUCAGCCUCCUACGCAGACCUUCUAAGGGGUUCGUGACGCCCUAGGUAAGUCUGCGUGGGAGGCUAGGCUGUUGAAAAUCGAACCACCUUCCUUACUCUUUGUAUUUGCGGUGUAAUGAACAAACCAAUCACUUGUCAGAAAAUUAAGAGUGAUCUCAGUUCUGUUUUGGAACGCAAAUGAUUUGUCCAUUAUUUUUUAAAGAAAUAAACGUUAAAAGUGAAAUGUUUUUACAGAGAGUGUAUGCCACACAGUUUUCAUAAAAAUGUAAGCGUUGAUAGCAUUUUCUCUUUUGCCAAAUGUUACCGUUGUCUCAGUGAAGCUUAUUCUGCCAUUGAAGGUAUUUUAAUUUAUGUCAUCGAAAACAUUUACUUGUAAACACAGUAACAUACUUAUCUGUAAGCAAAAUAAGGAGAAUUAACGGCCUUUCUGCUUACUGAGGAGAGAAAAGUAUGUCACAGCGAGAUUAAUGCGUUUGGAAUGUCAAGUCUUUACGCUUGUGUUUAUUGUCAAUAUUUCCUCACCUUUUUGUUUCCAGCAGGUUGGGACAACUCGGUUGUUGUUGAACUGCUCAAAGCUGAAUACAAAAGGCGCUGUCUAUUAAGACCACUUCUUUGGGAUAGCACUAUCGAGUUACCCCUAGAGAACGUUUACACGAGACUGAAAAUCAUUUCGAGAAGAAAGUUGGCUAUCCAGAUGGAAGCCAAUAUGGCGAAUAUGUUUCACGUCAUAGCCCCUGAAAAAGGUGCCGAUGUCCUAACGCUAGCACAGGGAAGUCCAGACUUGAGGGUGGACGUGAAUAAUGAGUUUAAUGUGUUCGAUUUCUUUAAAGCUCCUGAUAACGUUGAGGAUGUCAUGAGGCUAGUAGAGGGACAAAAACCAGGCUUAGUGAGUGGAAAAGACGAGGUGAACGUGACUGAAAUCUUCAAGACCCUUGAAAAAGGUAAGGAUGUCAUGACGCUUGUCGAAGGAAGUCCAGGAAUCGGUAAAACAACGUUUUGCCUUAAACUUGCUUAUGACUCUACACAUGGAAAAAUCCCAACAGAGUGUUCCUUUCCCAAGUUUGAAGUUGUGUUGCUCCUCAAAUGUCGAGAUAUUGAUGGAAAUAUUAUGGAUACCAUAAGAGAACAGCUUCUGCCCAGAGAUAUUGAGGAGAAGAUUGUAGAGAAAUUGUUGCACUUCUUGAAGGAUAUUCAUAACCAGGAGAGAAUUUUGAUAAUUUUGGAUGGUUUGGAUGAGCUGCCUGAAAAAUCGCGGCACCAUGUAGAUGAGUUGCUUCACAGACGAAUUUUUCCAUUUUGCUAUGUCUUGGCUACGUCACGACAAGAAAGAGGAAUUGAAGCACGAAAAUACUUCGUAUUUGAUAUUCAUUUAGAGAUUAAAGGGUACACGGAAAGUGAUGCUAUUGUCUACGUAAGAAGACACUUCAAAACCAUUGGUCAGUCACCAAAGGGGGAGAGGCUAAUUGAGGAAAUGCAACAGAACACCUUCUUGAAUGCACUCCAAAAUAACCCGUUAAAUUUACUUCUCCUUUGUGUUGUUUAUGAGGACUACGAGGGAAAAUUGCCGACUUCCCGAACGCAACUUUACCAAGUCAUUGUGCAAUGUCUUUUGAGACGAUACUGUGCCAAACGCAACCAACCGGCCCCUAAGAAUGACAUCGCCUUAGAGAGAAAAUUUGAAAAGGAAAUUCUUGCCCUUGGAGAGCUAGCUUGGUUAUGCCUGCUGAGUGAUCGUUAUGGUUUCCGCGAAUCUGAAUUGGAUGAGUUUGAAAGUAGAUACCCGGGAUUGGUAGCACGUGAGCUAGGCCUUCUUUACAAGGAAGAAAGUUUAAAGAGAUUAAAGCCCGAACACGAGUACUGCUUCCUUCACAAGACCUUCCAAGAGUACUUGGCUGCCGCGUAUAUCGCGGAGAAGUUAGUAAAUCAGCAGUUUGAUGUGUUUGAUCACUUUCCCUUUUUUGACUUGGUAACGAAAUAUCCACAAGUGUUUAUCUUUGUUUCUGGGAUGCUGGGCGAGAAAGCAACUGUCCUAUUCACCCAGAUUGGCGAGCAGCUAAAGAACUCAUACGACUGGGACUGGAACGAGCAUUGCAGUGAGGAGAAAGCUACUUUCUUUAUUGAAAGCUUUAAUGAAAGUGGACAUCCUGAACAAAUGGCAGCUUCUCUAUGUAAAGUUAAACCUUUUCCAAAGGUCAUAACCCUUGAGUCAUAUGAAGGUUACAAUCCUUUUUUUGUUGAUGUUUUAAUGGCUUGUGAGAGUUUUUCAAAUCUACAGACACCUGUUGAACUCUCUGCUGAUACGCGUUUUUGGAAGGAAGGAGUGAAUGGCGUAUUGGAUUAUAUAGAAUCCUGUCCGCAGCUGACAAUAGUAAGUGUUGUUUAUGAUGGGAAAUCUUUGACGUUAUUUGAUAGAUAUCGUCUUUGCAAAUGGUUUUCUACGACCAAGAGUCUAUCAGAGUUUACUCUUAAAUUCAGAUAUGAUACCACCCCUGAGGAAAGUGACCUGCUGGUUCAAAUUGUACAUGGGUUGGCUUCAUGUCGAACUCUGACAAAAGUAACGUUUUCUUUGUCUGGACAUGCUUAUAGCGAGGUUUUUUUCAAUGCCCUUGAAAGUGGAUUAGGACCGCUGACGUCUGUUGAUCUCGAGGUACGUGGCUCAAUGAAUUACACUACGACACGAGCCUUACAAAAUUUUUUGUCAAAUAAAUCCUUGAAUUCUGUUUCUCUUUGUAUUGUUGGAGGCGUGCAGGAUGUGUUAGUAGCUGCUGUUAGUGAAGCACUGGCAAGACAAACAAUUUUAAAAUCUCUUGAUCUUCAUUUUGGUGGACCGCUGAGUUCCUCUAGUGCCAGUUUCCUGGAAAAAGGGCUUAUGGAAAAUAGUUCUUUGAAUAAUAUAAGACUGUGUGUCCACAGUGAGCUCCCUGGUAACUGGCAUUCUGUGGUGGAAAAUCUUCGCAUGGCGAAAACGUCCCCCGUUUGCUCUUGUAUUUAUCCAAACACCUUUAACAACGUAGCAAAUAAUUAUUUUCAUCCUGUACUGGUUAGGAAAGGGUUAAAUGUAAAGCAACACUUAACUGUUAACGUCUGGGGUGAGAUGAAAUGCGAAGCGGCAGAAGCUCUCUGUGAAGUCUUGGCACCUUUCUCCAUCACUGUUCUCAUCUUAAACGUGCGUGGAAAUUUGACCUGUGAAGUUUCUAAUUCCAUUGCAAGAUGUUUGGAAGAAAACAAGACACUAUCUUCCCUGUCGAUCAAUUUAUGGGGCGAGUUGACAACAGAGGGAGGUAUUGUUCCUUCCAGCCUUUCAACAAACAGUCGCGUUCGGUUAAAUGUACAUGAUGUGCGUAUAGGCCCAGCUGAGUCGAACAAUGUUCUUGUUAUCACGACUGAUAACCCUUCGCCAAUGAGAGUUUGUUUCACUAAAGUCAAGGAUAGAAGAAAAGAAAAAGUCAGUCUUACAAUCAAUAACGACAGUUAUGUUACCAAAGAGUGGACACGUUGCCUAGGUGAUGCUUUGGCAGAAAACACAUCUCUGACCACGCUUGACCUUACAGUCAACAGCUGCUUUGUGGAUGCAGAUUUGGGAGAAUACCUUGGGGAAAGUUUAUUGCAAAGCACUUCUUUAACAUCUCUUAGUCUCGCAUUCAACUUCAGUAACAUGAAAGAAGGAUGGGAAUGCAAACUGGGUGAGCGUUUGAUCAAAAUGGCAUCUUUAACUACACUCAGUCUUGAAAUAAACGGCGACGGCGAGUGGAAUCAGGAGAAUUGUUUGAGUCCGACUAAACUGAGUAACGUGCUAGCGGCAAUCAAAUCAUUAUCUUCCCUUUCUGUUGCAAUCCAUAGUGAUAGCAUGUGUUCUUUGUGGGAUGAGGUUUUACGUGACUGUUUGAUAAAAUGCACGUCACUCAAGAAACUUAGUCUAACACUUGACGUGGGUGAAUACGUUUAUAGUAGUUUUAGUGGCCUUCGUUACGGCUUAGAGACAACAAGGUCAUUAGAUACAUUAUGUGUCUCAAUUUUUACUAACGACUCCACUGAUAGGUAUUUUUCAAGUGUGUUUUUUGAUCUUGAUCAAGGUCUGCCAUUAAACUCGUCAGUAACUACACUGACACUAACAGUAACUGUGGCAGUAGAUGAAAGAGGUCAUAUUAGUCAGCUGCUCAAUUUAGAUUAUGGACUGUCAGCGAACACGUCAAUAACUACGUUAAAUAUCACAAUAAAUGAGUGUGGUGAUGGAAAAUCGGAUAUACCCCAGCUUCUACGCACCUUUGGAGUGUUUGGAGGCUUGGCAAAUAACACAUCAGUUACCACAUUCAAUCUGACGCUCAACAGUACCAAAGAAGUGAGUGAUGUCUGGUUAACAGGCCUUUCCAACACCUUGAAGAAAAACACCGCAUUAACUACUCUGAGAUUAAAAGUGAACAACCAUUGUGCUAAAGGUAAAAGUCGUUUAUAUGACUUAAACAAACUUUUAAUAGCAAGCAGAUCAUUAUCCUUACUUGAACUCGAUGUAAGUUUCUAUGGAAAAGAGAGUGGGUGUCAUAAGGUUUUAAUUCAAUAG